GUAUUGUAUGAAUCAAGAAUGCAUAGAAUUUCUCUCUUUUCUUCUCCAUCUCUCUUCCUCUCCCUUUGUGUGAUUGAUCUUAGAUAAAACAACCACCUUUUCCACAUGGUAUCAAAGCUAUUAUGAGAUCAAUUGCUCUGUCAGUUGCUUCUCUUUCCAAUCCAUUUUAUGUGUGUUGGUGAAUUAAGAGAGAGUAAUGAGUUCUUAUUUUGGCGAUUGAAGUCAGCCUCCUCAAUUGAAGGUCCUGAGAGUUUCUUAAAGUUAGAAGGAAGGUUACACAAUCUUUAACUGGAGAUAAUUACCAUGCUUGGUUUCAAUCAAUGCAAAUUGCUCUGCGAUCGAAGAACAAGCUUGGCUUCAUCGAUAGAAGUUUUACCUUGCCAUAUGAUGUUUCUGACCUAGCAUAGAAUGCUUGGUUACGUUGUAAUUAUAUGGUCUUCUCGUGGUUACUCAAUUCUAUAUCGAAAGAGAUAGCAGCAAGUUGCAUCUAUUGAUAUUGCUAGUGAACUCUGGUGUGAUUUGCAGCAAUGUUACUUGCAAACUAAUGCACCACGAAUUUUUCAGAUUCAGAAGGAAAUUGGAAAUCUGGUGUAAGAUGAUCUCUCUGUAAGUGCAUAUUUCACUCGUUUGAAGACGCUUUGGGAUGAAUUAAUGAAUUAUAUGCCCUUUCCUCCUUGUGGUUGUUCAAUAAAUUGAAAUUGUGAAGUCUUAAAGGCUGUUCUUGAAUAUCAGCAAUGAGAAUAUGUGAUGUGUUUCAUGAUGGGACUUAAUGACACUUAUGCAAGUGUCCAAUCUCAAAUUUUGCUGAUAGAUCCAUUUUAUGAAUUGAUGAAUUAUAUGCCCUUGCAUGCUUGUGGUUGUUCAAGAAAUUCUGAUUGUGAAGUCUUAAAGGCUGUUCUUGAAUAUCAGCAACAAGAAUUUGUGAUGUGUUUCAUGAUGGGAUUUAAUGACACUUAUGCAAGUGUUCGAUCUCAAAUUUUUCUGAUAGAUCCAUUUCCCGAUAUGAAUAGAGUAUUUUCUUUGAUCUUGCAAGAAGAAAGGCAGCGUGGUAUUCAUCCUAAUGGCAAAUUUGCCAACCUUGAUUCGGUUGCUGUGGCUUCCACUACUCAAGAACAAAAUUUUCUCAAAAUUAAUUCAAGAUAUAAGCCCUCUUCAAAACCUAAACCAGUGUGUAGCCACUGUGGCAUGAUGGGGCAUAUCAAGGAGAAAUCCUAUAAACUUCAUGGGUAUCCUCCUGGUUACAAGUUUACAAGGUCUUGAAUUAAUUUUGUCAUUUGUAAUUUUUCUGAUACUAUUUCACAGGGAGCAAAAAUUUCUGAAGGAUCUUCAUUACCUUUUACUCGAGCAGUAUCAAUAACUUCUUUCUAUGCUUGAUUAACAUAAUUCUUUAGUUAAACCUGCUAUGGAUCAUCAAGUAGGUACUCAGCAAAAUUCUCAGACAUUUCUUAACCAAUCAGAUCAAAAUAACAAUGUCAAACAGAAUAAUGAGUCCAACACAAAGAAAGGAGCAAAGUUCAUAGCUAGCACUAUGGCUGCCACAGGGGCACUACUUGUAGGCCUACUUCUGGUAUUGUAUAUGUGGAGGAAGAAGCAACACCAACAGCAACGCCAACAACAACAGAGAGAUGGAAAUUUAGUACGCAGUUCAGAAAUAGAUCCGGAGUUACCAGUAUUUGACUUGGCUACAAUAUCGAAUGCAACUGAUAACUUUUCUUUCCAAAAUAAACUUGGGGAAGGCAGUUUUGGAUCUGUCUACAAGGGUGUUCUAAACAAUGGACAAGAAAUUGCUGUGAAGAGGCUCUCUAAGAGUUCUAAUCAAGGACUGGAUGAGUUCAAGAAUGAAGUAAUUCACAUUGCCAAACUUCAGCACCGGAAUCUUGUUAGACUUUUGGGGUGCUGCAUUCAAGGAGAUGAAAAGAUGCUGGUGUAUGAAUACAUGCCAAACAACAGCUUGAACUCCUUUAUUUUUGGUCAUACAAGAAGUACGGAGCUAGAUUGGCAAAAGCGCUUCCACAUUAUCAAUGGUAUUGCACGGGGGCUUCUUUAUCUUCAUCAAGACUCUAGACUAAGGAUAAUUCACAGAGAUCUCAAAGGCAGCAAUGUUUUAUUAGACAAUGAGAUGAACCCAAAAAUUUCUGACUUCGGGAUGGCUAGAAGUUUUAGAGAGAAUGAAACUGAAGCAAAUACAAAGAGAGUGGUCGGGACAUACGGUUACAUGUCGCCUGAGUACGCAGUUGAUGGUCUCUAUUCAACAAAAUCUGAUGUCUUUAGCUUUGGGGUUUUAGUUCUGGAGAUAGUUAGUGGAAAAAGAAACAGAGGAUUCAGUCAUCCGGACCACCAACUUAACCUUCUGGGGCAUGCUUGGAAAUUAUAUAUGGAAAGCAAGCCUAUGGAAUUGAUUGACGCAUCACUGAAGCACUCGUGCAAUCCGUCUGAAGUGUUGUGGUCGAUCCAUCUAGGUUUGUUGUGUGUGCAACAUCAUCUAGAAGAUAGGCCAAGCACGUCAUCUGUUGUACUGUUUUUGGGUAGUGAUGGCGUGUUACCUCCACCCAAGCAACCUGGUUUUUAUACGGAAAGGGAUCUGCAUGGAGUAGAUUCUUCCCCGAGCAGUCAAGAACCGCCUUCAGUGAACAAGAUGACCAUUACAUUGCUACAGCCUAGGUGACAAACUAUUCACGUGUUGAUAUUUUGUAUGUCUUAAGAGUCUUGUGAAUUUAUUCAAGCAUUAAAGAAGGUUAUGUUGAUUUUGCUUA